AUGGUGCCGCUGUUGCCGUUCUAUUUGGUAUCUGUCACCCUGGGCCUCUCUUUGGCAUGCAUGCUCACUCUGUUCUUUCCAUCAUGUCCUUCUAUCAUACCUGCACUAACAACCUACGGAGUUUCAGCUCUCUAUUUAAAGGAUAGGAUUCAGUUUAUACAGGCGAUUUCUGUUCCGAAGAAGUGGUUUUGGCAUUUUUAUCUAUUAGGCUCAUUUUGGGUCGCAUCAUGGCUCCUUUUCUGUGGCGCCAUUUCACAUGACAUGACAGCUCCUUCGCAGCCGUUGAAGAAACUCUUCAUUCUCCUCACUCCAGUGAAACCACAGCAUAACUGGUCCACCACAAUUAUUGCCUUGAGUCUGGUGCUCUUCCAUGUUGUACGAAGACUUUGGGAAUCUCUGUGCAUUUCUGUUUACUCGGAUACCACAAUGAACUUGUUUCAUUAUGUGGUAGGGCUCAUUCACUAUACCAUACUACCACUCACGAUUGUCUGCGAAUCGAAAGGCAUUGCUACCAAUAGCUACGGUCUUGUGUUUUCCACGUCGGAAAUCUCUCCAUGCCAAUGGUUUGGAGUAGCGCUCUUCCUUGUUCUGCAAUCGAGAGCAGCACCUAAUUUCUAG